AUGAAAUUGAGAAAAGAACAAAAACAAACAAAAAAAUUUAGAUGGUUAUUCGACGACAGCCAUCGAAUACCACUGGUGUGGAAAAGCGAACCCGAACUGUCCGACUGCCGUUGUGGCCGACGACGUCGAACUGCCUUCGUACCGGUUCGCCAAGGUGUGCAUGGACAGAACAAUGGCCACAACCGCUUCGGGCUCCUACUCACGCCUCCUGCUGCUGUUCAUUUUCGAUCGAGAAAGCGGAUUUUAUAUAUGCUGCAGAUCUUCGUGCCGGCUGCGCUUGUUGUAGCAAUCUCGUGGGUGUCGUUUUGGAUCUCCCGUGAUUCGGCACCGUCUCGAACUAUCAUCGGUGUGAUGACGGUGCUGACGGAGACUCAUUUGAUGACUGGCACGAAUCGGCGACUACCGCCGGUAGCCUACGUGAAGGCUGUCGAUGUCUAUCUGGGAUUCUGCUAUCUUCUUGUUGUACUAGCGCUGAUUGAAUACGCCUGUGUCGCUUACUCCAAGAAGAAGAAUGAAGAUCGUCGACGUCGUGAGAAGAAAAGCGAACACAAGCCGACACCCCCAACUCCAGACUUACUGCAUGAUGCUCGUCUGGCUGAAUGUACCUGCAAUGCGGCGCCCACGUCAAUAAUUGCUGUCAUCAAGCAGCCGAUCGUUUCUGUAUCCGCCACUCGCACAUCGACAUCGUCAGCCGAGUGGUUUUCCCUUUAUCCUCUUCAAUGUGCUCUUCUGGGUGAUUCUGUUGGCAAAAGCGAAACGUCUACCCUACUUCAGUACCAGCACCAUUCCUCGAUGCUGAGAACGUCCGUCAUUCUUCGUACUAGCAAAAAUGAUGAUUAUGUGCUUCUAUCUAUCGCCCAGAUGAGAUUCCUUUUCUAA